AAUUUUUAUUAUUUUUUGUUGGGGCGUGGUCUAAUGAAUUUUAUUUGUGGGUGUUACCAUUUUUAAAGGUAAAAAAAUGGCGUCGAUGCUUGGGCGGUUAAAGAACUUAGAUGCUUAUUCCAAGACUCUGGAGGACUUUAAGAUAAAAACAUUUAGCGGGGCAACAAUUACUCUAGUUAGCUCAAUUAUAAUUCUACUCCUCUUCCUCUCCGAGCUCCUUUACUUCCUAUCGACUGACGUAAAACAAGAACUCUAUGUCGAUACUUCAAGAGGCGAAAAACUACAAAUAAACGUAGACAUAAUCUUCCACAGAGCUCCCUGCCUCUAUCUCAGUAUAGAUGUAAUGGACGUGUCCGGUGAGCAUCAACUGGACGUCGAACACACAAUGUAUAAGCAGAGAUUGACGCUUGACGGUGAAGUGAUAAACGAGAGUCCAACCAAAUCAGUCCUAGCACGAGACGAGACGCAAGAUGGGAAAGCAGGGGCAGCUAAUAAAACAUGUGGUAGUUGCUACGGGGCUGAGACGCCUGAGCUGAGUUGCUGUAAUACUUGCGAGCAAGUCCGUGAGGCUUAUAGGAAGAAGGGCUGGGCCUUUAGUGACCCGUCUAGCAUAGAGCAGUGCGAGAAGGAGGGAUGGACCACACAGAUCAAAGAGCAGAUGAACGAAGGUUGUAGAGUGUACGGGCUUAUUGAUGUUAGCAAGGUAGCUGGGAAUUUUCAUUUUGCACCUGGAAAGAGCUUUCAACAGCAUUCGGUCCAUGUUCAUGAUUUGCAACCAUUUGGUGUCAAACACUUCAACAUGUCGCACACAGUCCUCAAACUUUCUUUUGGACAAGAAUACCCUGGAAUAAUCAACCCUCUUGAUGGACAUAAAGCAUUUGACGUUGAGACUACACAUGGUGGCAUCAUGUAUCAGUACUUUAUAAAAGUCGUCCCAACACUGUACAGGAGGUUGAAUAACGAGACUAUGGGUACUAAUCAGUUUGCAGUUACCAAGCAUCAGAGACCAGUUAGAUCAGCUUCUGGUGAACAUGGAUUACCUGGUGUUUUCUUUAUAUAUGACAUUUCCCCAAUCCUUGUAUACUUGACUGAGUACAGGCACUCCCUCACUCAUUUUCUUACCAGCGUUUGUGCGAUAGUCGGCGGAGUUUUUACUGUCGCUGGAAUGAUCGACAAGUUAUUGUAUCAUAGUGGACGGGUCCUCAAGAAGAAAAUGGAGCUUGGGAAGUUGUCAUGAUUACAUUGGACGAGUAUCAGUCUCACUUUUAUUACAAUUAUUAUAACUUACAAUUGUUAUUAUUAUUA